AUGCCUCACCGGAGAGGAUUGCUCCUUUAUCUACUGAUUUGUAUCCUGGCUAUUAUAUUCCUCCAGCUACCGAUUUUGGCUCGUUACAUUGGAUUCCAUACUUCGGCCUAUAAGGAGUGCACCGAUCUUUGCUUCAUUGCUAAUGUUGUUGUUGUCUGGGCUCAUAUCGUUUUCGUUACUGUCAAUGCUGCGGGGAUCGUUGGCUGGCACCAAAUCCUCAACAAGGACCGAAAGCAAAAAUCUCCCGUUUUCACCAGAAUCUUGGCAAUCAAACUCACGUCUGUGGUGGUUUGUUUCGCGCUCAACAUCACUGUGGAGUCAGAAUUCCUCCUCAGUCCGUACAAGUUUUGGGUCGCCAGCGUGCUUUUGAGUCGUGUGCAUUUCGGAGUCGAGAUUUUGGCGACCUUGUAUUUCCUUGGAGUCCUUUUCAUUGCCCACAAAAAAGAUAUGCAAAACUUGUAUCGCCAUAGAAUCACUGUAGGAGCAUCCGUCGAUAUGGGAUCUAUGUUGGAUCGUUUUGAGUUUCACGCACCACCGAGAGGUCAAGAAAUCGCCCGCAUUGGUCCAUUGAUUCCAACUGGAAGAGAACGCUUCGGAGACGGAAUGGAUGAAAUUUUGGACUACCUGUACUAUCUACAAACGGCCACCGAGGAGCAUCACAAGAGAUAUCCACUGAUCACCUUCCGACCACCACUGACUCUUCUUCCGUUCCCGUUGCCUAAAUAA